AUGAAAUUUCUAUGUCUUUGCGGGGCUUAUGGCAGUGCCGAUAAGUUCAAAGUCCAGUUGGCUCCUUUAGUACAGGAACUUGAGAGCGAUGGUACUGCAGAACUUCACUUUGUUAACGGACCAGUCGAUGCCUUCCCUCCUGAAGGAUUUGAAGAUUUCUUCGGGCCUGGUCCUCAUUACCGGUUCAUUAAGCCAGCUGCUGCUGAGAAAGGUGGGAGUGAUGUCUUGGACAGAAUUCGAAAUUUCCCAAAAGGUGCAACACCAGAAGAUCAGAUGCGUAUGUUGCUAAGGGGAGGGGCAUGUGUCGGUGUGCUUUCUGGCUCAAUGUCAGAUACCGAUUCAGGUAUCGACGUUGAUUCUGAAUCCGACACCUCUUCCAUUAACGAAUGCGGAGAUCAAAGUGCACAAGAAGCACUUGACUAUCUUUAUCAUAUCAUGGAAGAGGAAGGCCCAUUCGAUGGAAUUGUCGGAUACUCUGAAGGUGCCACAGUAGCGGCAACAUUAUUGCUACAUGAGCAGAAGCGAUUCGAGGAGGAGGGAAUUGAGCCAAUGUUCAAAUGUGCUUUGUUCUUCGCUGGAUGGCCGCCACUAACACCCGAGCUGGACUCAAUCGUACUUGCUGAUGAGUCUGAACUGAUAGUUACCAUACCAACAUGCCAUAUCAUUGGAUCUCUAGAUCCAUAUCUCGCAGGGUCAAUGGCAUUAUACAAUAUCUGCGAAAUGGACAACGCAUACUUGUUCGAUCACGCCAAAGGACAUACUCUGCCCAGAGAUAAAGAUACCAUUCGAGAACUGGGAGAUACUAUACGACUUAUGAUUUCCAAUAUGUAA